UCUUGUGACACAUAGAACUGGCUACUAAACAACACUGAAGGAACUGUGUGGACCUGUAUGAGUGGCACGUUUGCUCGCUGUAAAAAGGCAGUCAGUUAUGUUUUCCUAACCUGUGGGCUCAACAAAACGGACUUUCUGAUUUAUGGGGUUCAGCGGAACACACUUGUGAGGUAACUGCUAUCUCAGAUCUGCCUUUUAUUGAUUGCAGCCCUUAAGUUAACAUAAAGCUGAGUAUGUCUGCGUAAGUAAGCUGCGUUAACACUAAAACCAGCGACGAGACCCGAGCUAGUACACACAGAAACAUCGAAAUUAGUUUUUGUAAGGGAUGUAAAGACAUCGUGACAAGAAGACUGCAUUCCACGAGUGAAUCUGAUUCUGAAAACUGCAAAUCUGCUGAAAACAAUUUCGUCAGUGUUUCGAAAACAGAACAGUGGUUAUUUAGUGUAAAACAAUACAAUCGUAUCUGAAGAGCAGCCAUGACUUCCAGUCUGUAUGUUACACAAUUAAAUGCUCUGACAAAUGCUACAUGGGAGAAUGCACUGACCAAUGACAGUGAGAAAAAAUGCAGUGUGCACAUCUAUCCUGCCACGGCAAAAGUGUGUUUUUCAUUGUUCUAUGUUACUAUACUUCUUUUUGGCUUCUCUGCCAAUAUCCUUGCCCUUUAUAUAUCAUGCAAAAGUGAAAGGAAAAGCAACCCAACAACUUUAUAUUUAACAAACCUUGCUGUCUCAGAUGCCUUAUUUACACUAUCCUUGCCUGGACGAAUUGCUUACUAUAUCAUGGAGUUCCACUGGCCAUUUGGGGACUAUGUCUGCAGACUCACUGCUUUUAUAUUUUAUGUCAACACCUAUGUUGGUAUUUAUUUUAUGACUGUUAUAAGCAUUGAUCGGUACAUUGCAGUUGUCCAUUCUCAGCAGUACAGCAAAUUCAGAAGAGUUGAAAAUGUGAGGUAUAUUUGUUGCUUUAUUUGGGGUUUAGUUUUCUGCCAGACGGUACCAUUACUUCUCAAGCCAAUGGUCAUGCCAAAUGGGGACAAAGUGACAUGUAUGGAAUACUUCAACCUUGACAAAAUUCCAAACUUGCCUAUUUUGCUUCUUUUUGCUUGCGUCAUAAGUUAUUGCAUACCAAUAAUUAUCAUUGCUGUCUGUUAUUUACAUGUCAACUGGAAAUUAAGUAAAGCAGCGAAGGAAAACCCCUUAACUGACAAGAAGGGACACAACAAAAGAGCAAUCAUUGUUAUUUGUAUCAUUCUAAUUGCUUUCCUCAUCUGUUUCACUCCAUACCACAUAAAUAUAAUACAGUUUAUGUUCAAAGAGCUUAUAUACAGGCCAGCUUGUGAAGAACAAAAAGCCUUCAAAGUGUCUCUCCAAAUUACUGUUUCACUGAUGAAUCUAAACUGCUGUAUUGAUCCAGUUAUAUACUUUUUUGCUUUUAAAGGUUAUAAGGCAAAAGUAAUAUACUUGUUUAAGACUCAUAUUUCCUCUCAUUUAUCAUCCACUGGAAAAACCUCUUCUGAAACCUCAGGUAACAGCCAAACCAACUGUCAGUCUGAAUCCAUUUAAACAUUUGGCAUUAGGCAUUAUGCAACAGUACUGUUCAAUCUAAAAGCAGUCAUCUGCAGGACGUUUUGCCUUCAGUAGACAAAGAUUGUGCCAUCUCACAUUUUUAUAUAAGGAGUGAUUUUUGUAGUGUACUGUCCCCAAAAGUGGUAACCAGAUCCAGCAGGGCCAGUCUUGUGCUAAAAAAAAAAAAAAAAAAAAAACAGGUCUUUGUUAUGGCAUUUCAUAUGAAAUGUGUAUGAAUUUACAUAAAGGCAUAAUUGUUUUUGUGUUAUCCUUAGCCAGUUUAUUAAGUGAUUGCCCUGUUCUGUGAAAUGACUCCCACAAGGGAAGUUUGAGUCCGCAGUCAACAUUUUUAAAUAGAUAAAUAGUAGAAAAUAUUUUGUUAUUACCAUCUUCCUGCAGUUAACAAAAUUCCAUAGAUGCACUGCUUUGUUUUUAUAAUUUUACAAAUCCCUGGCUUUUGUAUAAUCCAUGGUGCAUUAUUAUACAGACAUUAAUUUAGUAACAAGUGGGUAAUAUAGUAGUCAUAAAAUGAGCAUUGCAGUCAUUAAAAAUGUUAAUUAAAUGCAAAAUUUUGCAUAUAAAGUACAAUUACCUGUGAUAUGUCACUAAAGAGUAUAUUCUACAAUGAUCUAUUUUGUUGCCAGCCUUGGUAGUGCAAUCCAUGUGUUGACUUUUUUGAGUGGUCAGAUUCCUUUUGCAGAGCAUUUGCACAGCAUAACUUUUCAUAGGCAAAACUCUCUGAAAAUAUCUGUAUCAAUAAUUGGAACAUUUAGAAAUUCCUUUGUGCAGCUGCUGUGCCUCAUAAGGAAAAUCACUAUCCAUAGAAUUUACAAUGCAGAUAGAGGAGGUGAGUAUAGCUAAAGUCAAAGACUCAGAUACUGUACUAAGGCAGACCACCAAAUACCAAUAGCAAGACAGCUGUGAUCAGCCAGAUAAUAUAGUGUAGGAGUCCUGAACAGCCCUCACUGGGGGGGGGGGGGGGGGUAACCAUUUUGUGCUGAGUAUCAUCAAGUACUACACUUUUGAAGGGCAGUUGUAAGGUACAUCUGCCAGAAUAAGGGUUGCCCAUACCUGCCAAGCAAUCAUGAGGAUUCAAUAUCAUCAUCCCAUUGCAAUGCAUCUGCUCAAAGCUGUAGGGUCAAAAACCAGGGGACUGUAAUCUGCAGAUUCAUAACUCUGGCUUAUCAUUCAGCAGUCUGAUGUUGUUAUAGAAAAAGAUUGUUACAAAAUGACUCUACAUAGCCCCAUGUUAGGUAUUCCAUGACCAGACUUCCCACCCAGCUUUCCCCAUACAACCUACAUACUAAUUCUACAUACACCCUUUUUAAUUUAUCUCGUACUACAGUGCAGAAAUGUGAACAUCUACUCUAUUUCAGUGUCUUCCAUGGGACAGCAAAUGCUCUUAUUUGUAAUGUAGAGCAUUCUAAAGUGGCUACUAAUAUCAAAUGACAAUGGUGAUCCUGGAAGAAAUAACUCUGACUGGACAAUGAAUUAGAGAACAGCUGAACCCAAGUUAACUUGCUGGGAACAAACUGUAGCAGUGGGUAUUUUGACUGCUGUUCCAAUUACUGUGAACUUCCAGUAAUCUCCGUAAAGAAUGAUACCCAACUAGUUUAAAUGUUGUGACUAUCCCCCAGAGAACUGCAUUCCAUACCUGCUUGAUUACUACACUCUGCACUGGAGGCUUUCAUAUUGUAUAAUUCGCUCAACACUGUGGUUUGUGCUGUAGGCAAAAGAGCGGUUCAUGCACGAGACCCUGAGUAGUAUCUAUGUAUGUAAGCAUGGCAUGUAAAACUGAGGGGUGCUGGAGUUUGGUAAACUGACACACUGCUGUCCAGCAGAUCCAAAGCAAGGGCAUAGCUUACAUGGAAACAACUGCUGAAAUAUAAUAAUAACAAGCUUGCACAGGGGGGGUGCAAUUCAUUUAUACUUGUAGGCAGCAGUUUAUUGGCUGGUACAUGUCUGGUUUAUGGGUCUAUGCCAUUGAUCCAGCCCUCCACUGUACUGUGUACCAGUAAUGCUGCUGACAUUGUACCCUGCUUUUCUACAUCUCAGAUGUCCCAAAUUCUUGGUACUCCAAUGGCUACUUGGUCAGUAAAGAUUAAUCAUACCACCCAGUUCAUGAAUCAUGCAUACAGUAAAACUGGCCUUAUUUGUGUGCCAUUUACAUAUGCAAAUUAUGUUAUGUUUUUCCAUUUAACAGUGGUUUCUUUUUCUGUUUGCACAGUCAUGAUUGUAGCUCUAGAUUGUCAGUGAGUACCUGCAGCUCACACACAGUGUAAUACAUCCACAGGCAUGGCUCUACAUCUUGCAUAUUCAGUUUCAGUGGUCAUAUAAGCAAAUACUAAAAUGUUUAACAUUUUAAGGUUCUGUUUUAGAUUAACCUGAUAAAGUAUGCUGACUGAAGUGCCACAUAAAUGUAUUAUAAAUAAGCAUACUGAUGUCUGUACAAUAUUCUAUAUAGUGAAUGUCUUGAAUGUGACUUUUAGUAGGAGCAGAAAACAAUGGUUAUGUCAAAAAAGAAAAAUCAGCAAUAUUUUGGUUGACCUUACAAUGCUCACAUAUGAAACAAAUAAUGAGUAGGAUGUUUCUAAGAUUUAAGUUCCAGUUUUUCUAUUUGACAUCCUUGUUCUGAAUGGAAAAAGUUCAUCUCUGCAGAAUUAAAACAAAUAAAACAUUCUGCUAUAGUGUUGUAUUUAUUUUAU